AUGGACUUAUGUUUGGUUCUUAAUCUAGAAGAUCAGGACGGGGUUUCUCAUCGUAAAAAGCCUUCAAAAUUCAAUAAGGAGGUUUGCUUAAGAAUUCUAUCUUAACUAAGUUAAAUGUUAUAUUUUUAGACCUCAAUCGAACAGUUAAGCAAAGCGAUCUAUUCUGUAUGGAACAUAGACGAAAAAAAAUACCAAGAACUCUUUUUCAAUGGACAUCAGAUUCUUUCCCUAAAUUCUACUCUUCAGCAAAUUGGUGUAAAGAAUGACGAUGAGAUUGUUGUUGUAAGUGUUUUUUUAUUAUUUUUAUUUAUUUUGCAUCACUAAGCUUGAUGUUAUCUUUAUAGUUGAUUUUUUUAAAUUAAAAAAAUAAGAAUUUAAUUUAAGUUCUUUUUGCGGAUAAAUUUAAUAAUUUUUUUGAGAUUCAAAAAAAGCGUGAAGCGAUUCUUAUACAGCUAGUUAAUUCUGUAAAAUUGCUCUCGAGUUUAAUAAAACCCGACUCUUUUCAUCCCCUCGAAACGAUCAAUGAAUUUGAGGAACUUACUGUGGUAAGUUGUUAUUUUAUCUUUAGAAUUUACUGUUUCUUGUUAGGAUGUAUAAUUUUAUUUGUGUGGUGUACGUGAACUUUAAAACUGGAACAAACCAAUAUUUUACACCAUUUUGACAUUUUCAUUUUUUUUAGAAACACGCUCGUCUGGGUACAUGGAGUGAAUACCUCGCGUAUUGUAAACUUUUCAAUGAUACGAAGAAUGCAAAGCCCGAGCGAACAAAGUUUGCUCAUCAAGCAAUCGCAUGUUCAAAAGCGCUGGAAGAUUCUGGAUUUCUCAUCGUUUAUGCCUCUUUUGGUCCACAGUGGAGAGAUACUAUCAGUCCAAUGAUGAGGUUUGUUAGUUAAUUCAAACUGUUUGAACAAAAAUUGAUGAAAUAAGAAUUUUCAUAUUUCAGAUUCGUGGACAGAACGCAAAGUGCGUUAAAGCAAAGCGCUACAACAUUUUUUUCCCAGAAGUAUCCCAACGCUAAAAUCGACUUUAAGUCUAAACAAGGCGGUAGUCGAGCUGGAAUUGUAGUGAUUGUCACUUGCAAUGGAGAGGAGACAACAUACUAUAUGAAGAAUUAUCAUCACGCCGGUUCUUCAAUGUCCCUGCAAAAAUACAUCAAAGCGACAUCUCCCGGAUCUUCGUGA